AGUUAAUCCCAACUCAAUUGGGAUCUUUAGAAAUUCAUUUAGGAUACCGCCUUUAGGAGAAGGAACAUUAAGACAGAAGGGCGAAGACGGAAAGGUGAUUCUAUUUCUCAGUGGGAACAGCAGAUGUGCACACCCUUCUCAACGUCAGUCUUUCCUCCUGCAUUUGGUGGACUGGUAGGCUACCACUUUGGACUUUAAGACAAGUAGUCCCCAGGCACCACACCGCGAUGGAAGGAAGCAGCAGACCAUUACCUCAGUCUGGUUUGCCAGGGCAUCCCCCGUCCUCGAUUUCGGUCGGUGGACUGCAGGUGUCCGCUUCUCUUCUGCGACCCCCACCUCUGUUUCUCCGUGCUGCUGCCGCGGCAGCCUGCAACCCCUCUCUGGACAGGGGCUAUCCCCGGACCCCAAAGUGUGCCCGAUGCAGAAACCACGGAGUCGUAUCUGCCUUGAAGGGACACAAGCGCUUUUGUCGCUGGAGGGAUUGCGUGUGUGCCAAGUGCACCCUCAUUGCUGAAAGGCAGAGGGUCAUGGCUGCACAGGUAGCUCUGCGGAGGCAGCAGGCACAAGAGGAGAGCGAGGCCCGAGAGCUGCAGUUUAUGUACACUGGGGCUGGAACAAGCGAGCCGGGUCUCGGCGUGAUGGCAUCCGUGGGGGCCCCGGGUGGGACAGGACAACUAAGCACCCCAUCUGCAAGAACUCCCGGUUAUGAGCCGUUUGGUAUUGAGGAUCAUAAAGACGAAGACAAGAUAUCCACAUAUAAUGUAUACAACGGAUUUCUGGCACGUCCUUUGUUUGCACCCCAUUCUGCGCAGUUGGUUUCCUCUACUUUGAGAAAGAACUCUGCUUGCCCAAACCUUCGAGAAAACUCUCAUUCCUCUUUGGAAAAAUCAGAAAAAGACAAGGGCGUUCAAUCACCUGGCUCCGAUCAACUUUCUGAACACGCUGAAAGCCCAAGAUCGCUGUCCUCGUCAGACCUGGAAUCGGGCAGCGAGUCCGAGAGACAUAAGGACUUCUCUUCGCCCGAGCCGAGUGCUCCCGCAUCCUCAUCUAGACACAGGGACCCCACCGAUAUCAUGAUGAAAAUCUUCCCUCACCACAAGCGGGACACCCUGGAAGCUGUGGUGAAGACCUGCAAAGGCGACAUAGUUAAGGCAAUCGAGCUAGUUUUAAAUUCAAAAGAGGAUAAACCCCUCUCAGGGGAUAGCGAUAUCCCAACUCCCGAGUCUUCAACUUUCCAUAGACCCUCCGGUUUUGGAAUUACUGGAGGGGGAUUCGGACAACUGAGCUCCAAGUCCGCGUUCUCUCCUUUGCAAACAACUCCAUCCAGCGCAGGUGACAGUAUAUAUGGUUUGAACCCCCGACUCGGAAUCAGUCCGUUGAGGCUAGCAUAUUCUUCUUCUGGGGGAGCAAUAACUAGUUUUAUGUCUCCUUAUGUGACACCCGGAUUGAUGCCUGCAUUUCCACUUCGGCCACCUAUGGACUAUUCGUUUCCAGGAAUGAUAAGAGAUUUUUCCUACCUCCAGAACAAGGAGCCUUUGUGUAAUAGUGGACUGUAUUCUAGGCUAAGUCAUGAAAAGCCAUAAAGUGCCAACAUUAAAACUGUCUCCUCAGAACGUAGCAGACCUAACCCUUUGAUUCAUGUUAUUCUUUUUAUUUAGCGUUUUGCAUUGUCCAUUUUAAAUGGUUCACAACCUUGAAGUUUUACGACACCUAAAAACUCCUUUAAGAAUACACUUUUCCGUAACAACGUCCUACGUUAAAGAUGUACUCUAUAAGCAAAGCAUUUCAGUUAAACCGUAAUCUAUUUCGCACGAAUAUAAGCAUAGUAAUUUUACUCAACAGUAACUUUGUUGAAGUCAGCGCAAACCAUCGGAAAAAACAUGGAGUCUCUGUUAUUUAAAUCUGCACUGGUUCAGGGUGUAUUUUAAAAUUAUGUGUUUUCCUACGUUAUAUUGUUAAAUCUAU